UCUGCGCAGCGCCGCAUGAAGUCGAUCGCGCAGUAACCCUGAAGGAUUGUCACUUCCGUUUGUGCAGAACGAAUGGGAUUUCCUACGGAAAGGAUUGACAGAUGAUUUCCUUCCCAAACGGCCAUUAAACACAAACGUCGCGUUUUUAACAUGGAAUAAUCUUUAAAUGAUCUCCGUUCCGUUGAGAUUAGCGGUAGACGCGUCGUGCAGACAUCCAUCAUGACAGACAGUAUUUUAAGCAAAGCUGCCACCAUGGAAAUUCCCAUCAACAGCAAUGGGGACACCAGGACGGCAGAAGAAGACAGCCUUGAGCAGAUUGGUGGGAGCUUAGAUGAGAUUGUAGGCAAACUGCCAUUGGCCAUGGACUUGCAGCAGGUCAUGGUGUCUGGACCCAACCUAAAUGAAACCAGUAUUGUGUCUGGAGGCUAUGGGGGGGCAGCUGAGGGCAUCAUACCCACCAGUUCCAUCAAAGGACCAGGCAUUCGUUUCAACCCGGAGUAUUUUGACAGAAGAUGCGGUCACACCCCCAAACCAGACAUCCGCUCCAAUUCCAGGGGCAUCACACCCAGCCAAUCAGCUGCCAGUCGGAUUGCAAACCAGCCGGGACAUUACCAAGCUCCCAGCAUGCACCAUAGCAACAGCAACCCAUCCAUGAUAUCAGAGGAAGCCACAAGAGGAGUAGCCGUAGAGAAAUUUGACAGCGUGAAAAAGUGGAGCAUCAACACCUACAAGUGCACAAAACAAAUGUUUUCAGAACGUUUUGGGCGUGGUAUGAAAACUGUGGACCUGGAGCUUGAGGCCCAGAUCGAUGUGCUAAGAGAGACCAAGCUAAAGUACGAGUGCAUUCUGAGACUUGCACAAGCGCUCACCAACCACUUUUACAACAUGGUGCAGACACAGCAAGCUCUUGGGGACACCUUUGCUGAUCUUAGCCAGAAAUCCCCAGAACUUCAGGAUGAGUUUGGCUACAAUGCAGAGACACAAAAACUGCUAUGCAAGAAUGGAGAGACGCUCCUUGGUGCCAUCAAUUUCUUUGUGUCCAGCAUUAAUACAAUGGUCAACAAAACUAUGGAGGACACUUUAAUGACCAUCAAGAUGUAUGAGAACGCAAGACUCGAGUAUGAUGCCUACAGGACAGACCUGGAGGAGCUGAGCGCUGGUCCGCGGGACGCCGCAACCAUCAUGCGCAUCGAAACAGCUCAGCAGCAGUAUCAGAUCCACAAAGACAAGUACGAGCGGCUGCGGAGUGACGUCAGCAUCAAACUCAAGUUCCUGGAAGAGAAUAAGGUGAAGGUGAUGCACAAACAGCUGCUUCUGUUUCACAAUGCCAUCUCCGCAUAUUUUGCCGGGAACCAGCAGCAGCUGGAAGAGACUCUCAGACAGUUCAAUGUGAAGUUGAAGCCGCCGGGUUCCGAUAAGCUGUCGUGGCUCGAGGAGCAGUGAUCGCUUUGUCAAUAUGUAGAGACACUCGGGAAGUCGAAACUGGAUGAUCGGGGAUGUAAACGUUCUUUAAAUGUGAUGUGUAUGAAUGAGGAUGCAGUUUUAUGUUGCCAAACCCUGAAAAAAUGCCCAGAUUUUAAAGCCAGAAAAUCUCCAAAAGUGUAUUCACAAGGUUUAUGGAAACUGUAAGCUUUACUUCUGCCUUAAUUUACAACAUAUAUCUUCAAAAGCAAAAUCGCUCAAAAUUACAUGGCACGAAUCGCUCACUUUCUCAGAACAUUUGCUUUUUCUGAGCAUUCAUCAUGAGUGUGUAUUUACAGAUCUGUUCUGUAUCCAGUGAGCACCCCUUGAGCCGAUUGUUUUGUUUUAAUAUAUUACAGCUGAAAGGUAAGAAUGUUGUGCUUGUGUGUUUGUAAUGUUAGGACGUGAAGGACUGUGUCAAGUGGAAAGAAUGAAGAUUGCUGAGAUAUUGUUAAUAAUAUAUUUAUAUUUAUGUAUAGUGUGAAGUCCCACCUAUGGAAUUAAAACACAUUUGAAGGCG